GAUGUUAACCCCCGUCCGUUUCGCUACCCUUCUCUUCCCCGCAUCUCUCUCCCUUCUUCCUUCCUCUGCUUCUCAAUUCCCCUACGCCGCCGUCGUCGCCGCCUUCGCGAUCUCGUCCCUUUUUUUUGCCCUUUACUGCUUAACUCGACUUGUCGAUUGCUGGGGCGCCGGCUUGCCCCUUUGAGGACCGAUCUCGCCUUUCCCACGGUUGUUUGUUUGGGAGAAUCUUUCGCCGUUUUACUUAUUUGUUCUUACGUUUCACGGAGACGAAAAUUUGGAAGCUGUAGCGACGGGCUGUGGGAUUGAAAGGGAGGACUCAUGGCCGAUUGGGAUGAAGAAGAUUUUGAACCAGCAGUUCCAGGUUUAGCCACUAAUCAGCCAAAGACCCAGUGGGACGAUGAGGAUGUGGAAGAUGCACAUGUUAAAGAAUCCUGGGAGGAUGAAGAAGAUACUGUAGAGGCACCAAAGCCAGAACAAGAGGCAAAGACUACUGCUUCAAAGGCAGGCGCCAAAAGUGCAGGGAAGAAAGACAAAUUGCCUGAAGCUAAGACAUCUAAUGUAGCUGAUGAUGUUCUAGCAGAUCCUGUUGCUGAGAAACUUCGCCAACAAAGACUUGUUGAAGAAUCUGAUUACAAGUCAACUGCAGAGUUGUUUGCCAGGAAAGGUGAUCAGAAGACCCUAGACAACUUUAUUCCUAAGUCGGAGAAUGAUUUUCUAGAAUACGCCGAGCUGCUUUCUUAUAAAAUUUGCCCUCAUGAGGUAAAACUUAUAGUUCUUCAUUGGAUCUCCUAUAGUUGUAUGGUACCAACUAUCUUUACUCCCCAUUCCCUUCAGAAAAGUUUUCAUUACAUUGGCCUUCUUAAAGCAAUCUUGAGGCUUUCUAUGACUUCACUAAAAGCAGCAGACGCGAAAGAAGUAGCGGCCUCAGCUUCUGCAAUUGCAAACGAGAAGCUCAAGGCAGAAAAGGAAGCCAAUGCAGGAAAGAAAAAGCAAGGUGCAAAGAAAAAACAGCUUCACGUAGACAAGGCUGAUGAUGACUACAGUGCUACUGAUGGUUAUGAUGGUGUGGAUGAUUAUGAUUUCAUGUGAGAAGUCUAGUGCGUUCCGUGUACUAUUCGAAGUGUUUACUCGAGUCGGAGUGGGAACAAACAAGCGCAUCUCCAUUUAAAUGGGCCUAGGCUUUUCGAGUUGCGCCUAAGUUGCAUUAGUAUUUGUUGCCUGAUAAAGCUAUAAAAAGCUCCAUGAUUGAGAUUAUUUUGACCUUGGGUCGAACUAUUCAUAUGUUACGUUGCUAUUCAAUGGAGAAAAAAAGAGUUUAAUUGUUCA